AUGGCGUCCGACAUCAAAAAGGUGCCGAUUCCCCACCGAGGGGUAGACUACAGAGGCAAAGUUGUCCUUGCGCCCAUGGUGCGGUCCGGCGAGCUCCCUUCACGACUCCUGGCUCUUCGUUACGGCGCAGACCUGGUAUGGGGCCCUGAAACGGUCGACAAGGCGAUCAUCGGCACCACGCGCAAGGUGAACCCUAUCACCAACACCAUCGACUUCACUCGAGUCCCUUCAUUCGGCCAGAAACAUCCACCCCCGGACGCGAAAGAGUCUGUUGUCUACAGCAUACACCCCGAGAAGGAAGCUGGGAAACUCGUGUUCCAAAUCGGCACCUCUGACCCGGAUCUCGCCGUCCAGGCGGCCAGGCUGGUGGCGGGGGAUGUCUGGGGCAUCGACGUCAACGCCGGUUGCCCGAAACCGUUCAGCACGCAUUCCGGCAUGGGUGCGGCCCUCCUCCGGACACCCGACAAGCUGUGCUCCAUCCUCGAAGCACUCGUCCAGAACAUCAUGCCCGAAUUCGAGAUCGGCAUCAGCGUGAAGAUACGUCUGCUCGAGACGGCGGCCGAGACGGAGGCGCUCGUGCGGAGACUCGUCGCCACGGGGAUAACGGGUCUGACCAUCCACUGCCGGACGACCCCGAUGCGGCCCCGGGAGCGUGCCAUUCGGGGCCAGCUGCGCAUGAUCGCGGACAUUUGCCGCGAGGCGGGCGUCGCCUGCGUCAUGAACGGGGACGUGGAGAGCCGCGACCAGGCAGCCAAGCUGGUGGAGGAAUUCGGCGUCGACGGCGCCAUGAUCGCCACCGCUGCGGAAAAAAACCCGAGCUGUUUCAGGAGCGAGGCGGACGGAGGGCUCGCGCCGUGGGACCAAGUCGUCGGGGAGUACGUGAAGCUGACCAUGGACGUCGGCAACAAGUUUGGCAACACCAAGUACCUCCUCACGCAGAUGAUUCCCGGCAAGCAGGACGCCUACAAAAAGUGUCACGCCACGAAAUGCUACACCCAGCUAUGCGAGGCUUUGGGUCUUGAGCAGUUGCAGGAACAAGCGAGGGAGACGGAUUUGCUGCUUGACAUCGAUCCGACGAAAUCGAGGAAAAAUAAAAAGGCUAAUAAUAAGAGCGCCGUGGCGGCAGGCGGAAACAUGGCCAACACCCGCUCUGAUGAGUCUCGCAAGAAGAACCUGUCAAGUCGCGGCGUUACGGCGGCACAGGAGGCUCCUCAAGCUGCCGUGGCUCUUUCGACCUAG